CGCGCGAGACGGAGAGCGGAUCCCGGGCCGCACGCGAGGCCGAACUUUUACCGGUCACUUUUUUUUUCUUUUUCUUUUUUUUUUUUUUGUUUUCUUUUUGUUUUAGCGUCUCAUCGGAUUUCUGAGGGUUUUGUUCUGUCCUCAGGUACUUUAGAGGGAACAUAAUCUCACUUUAAACUCCUAAUCUGUCCUCCUGGGCCACUUUUACUCCUCUACCAGCGCCUUUAUUAGGGAAUAGGUUCUGACGUGAUUUGGGAAAAGUCUGGAGUUUGACGUCUCGAUGCUAAGGGGCUAACAGGGCGCAAAAAGUGACAUCAUCGAAGAAAUAAAACUUUAUCCGGGAUUUAAUCCGCAUCGGGGACAAACCGGGAAAUUAUUCACACUUUAGGAAGGAUUUUGCGCCCAAAAGUAAAAAAAAAUCUGACAAAAAGUUUUCUUUUUCGUCUCCGCGGUGUGUGUGAACAGCCGGUGAUUAGCAUGCUAAACAGGUGCGGCUAGUCUGAAGACUCGGAUUUUAUUGGGGUUUUUUUUUAUUUUUCCCGAACUUUUUGUGGUGUUCAGAGCUGAUUGGCCAGUGGUUGCCAUGGCGUCUUCAGUAAAGGUGGCAGUUCGCGUGCGGCCCUUCAACAACCGUGAGACGAACCGUGCAGCAAAGUGUGUGAUCCAGAUGCAGGACAAGUCCACUUGCAUCAUCAACCCCAAACAGCCCAAAGACACACCCAAGAGCUUCACCUUCGAUUACUCCUACUGGUCACACAGCACAGAGGAGGACCCAUGCUUUGCGUCUCAGAGGAAGGUGUAUUUGGACAUCGGUGAAGAAAUGCUGCUUCACGCCUUUGAAGGAUACAACGUCUGCAUCUUCGCAUACGGUCAGACAGGAGCAGGAAAAUCUUACACCAUGAUGGGCAAACAGGAACCCGAGCAGCAGGGUAUCAUCCCACAGCUCUGUGAAGACCUGUUCAAAAGAACCGCCGAAAACGACGACCCUGAUCUGUCCUACUCUGUGGAGGUGUCGUACAUGGAGAUUUACUGUGAGCGUGUGAGGGAUUUGUUGAACCCGAAGUGUAGAGGUCCUCUGAGAGUCAGAGAGCAUCCCAUCAUGGGUCCUUACGUAGAGGAUUUGUCCAAGAUGGCCGUCACCAGCUACAGCGACAUCGCCGACCUGAUGGACUGCGGCAACAAAGCAAGGACGGUGGCUGCUACCAACAUGAACGAGACGAGCAGUCGCUCUCACGCCGUCUUCACCAUCCUGUUUACACAGAGACGCCACGACCAGUUUACCAACCUCAACACCGAGAAGGUGAGUAAGAUCAGCCUGGUCGACCUGGCAGGAAGUGAAAGAGCCGAUUCAUCUGGAGCAAAAGGCAUGAGGUUAAAGGAAGGUGCAAACAUCAACAAAUCUCUCACUACACUGGGCAAGGUCAUCUCAGCACUGGCAGAAAUGCAAAGCACCAAAAAGAGAAAGUCUGACUUCAUACCCUACAGAGACUCAGUACUUACCUGGCUACUGAGAGAGAACCUGGGGGGAAACUCUCGUACUGCCAUGAUCGCUGCUCUGAGUCCUGCAGACAUCAACUAUGAGGAAACCCUCAGUACACUCAGGUAUGCGGACCGGGCGAAGCAGAUCCGCUGUAACGCUAUUAUUAACGAAGACCCAAAUGCUCGUCUGGUCCGAGAACUUAAAGAGGAAGUGUCACGUCUCAAAGAACUGCUGCUGGCUCAGGGUCUCAGUGACCUCAUACCUGUUGCAGGGACAUUUGCAGUGGGAGGUCCAGGUGUACCCAAGCAGUCUUCUGUUCCUGAUGCCCAGAUUACCCAUGAUGCACCAAUGGAGGACCUCCAACCCACCAGCCCAGUAAAACCUAUUAGCAAAGAAGAGGCUGUGGAGAGACUGAAGGAGACAGAAAAGAUCAUCGCUGAGCUGAAUGAAACCUGGGAAGACAAACUGCGCAAGACUGAAUCUAUAAGAUUAGAGAGGGAAUCCUUGCUGGCAGAAAUGGGAGUGUCCAUUAGAGAAGACGGAGGGACUGUUGGUGUAUUUUCUCCCAAAAAAACUCCACAUUUAGUGAACUUGAAUGAAGACCCUUUGAUGUCAGAAUGUCUGCUGUAUUACAUUAAAGAUGGAAUAACCAGGGUUGGGCAGGAGGAUGUAGAUAUUCGUCUGAGUGGUCAGUUUAUAAAGGAGCUGCACUGUGUGUUCUGCAGUGAAGUGGAUGAAAAUGGGGAAGUUAUUGUGACUUUGGAGCCUUUACCCGGAGCAGAAACGUACGUCAACGGCAAACAGAUCACAGAAGGAGCCGUUCUCAAACAAGGUAAUCGAAUCGUGAUGGGGAAGAACCACGUGUUUCGUUUUAACCAUCCUGAGCAGGCGCGGUUGGAAAGAGAACGCAGUGCCACUCAGGACCAGCAGGGGGAGCAGGUGGACUGGAGCUAUGCUCAGAAAGAACUGCUGGAGAAACAAGGCAUCGAUAUUAAACAGGAAAUGGAAAGAAGGCUGCAGGAUUUGGAGAAUCAGUACCGUAAAGAGAAGGAGGAGGCUGACCAACUGCUGGAGCAACACAGACUGUAUGCAGACUCGGACAGUGGUGAUGACUCUGAUAAACGGUCCUGUGAGGAGAGCUGGAGGCUUAUCUCAUCCCUCCGAGAGAAACUACCUGCCAAUAAGGUGCAGUCCAUAGUAAAGAAGUGCGGUUUGCCGAGCAGUGGGAAACGCCGCGAGCCUCUGCGUGUGUAUCAGAUCCCUCAGCGGCGUCUUCCUGCCAGCCUCGAAACCAAACAGCACCCAAGUGUGGAGGAGCUGCGCACUCAGGCUGUUAAAGAGAUCUGCUAUGAGGUGGCCCUGGGAGAUUUCCGCCACACCCGUCAGGAGAUCGAGGCUCUGUCCAUCGUCCGCAUGAAGGAGCUGUGCAGGACAUACGGACAGAGAGACCCUCAGGAGCGAGAGAGCUGGAGGAGCGUGGCAAAGGACGUGUGGAACACGGUGGGCAUCGGAGAGGACGAGCCUGAAGCGGAGGACAAACCCGGCGGGGGGAGGGAGAGAGAGAAGGAGAGGGGGAGGGGACCAGAGGGAGGGAAGACGAAUAUGGGAGAUCUGAAAGCGCACAUCGAUAAGCUGACUGACAUUCUGCAGGAGGUGAAGCUGCAGAACAACAUGAAGGAUGAAGAGAUCAAAUCACUCAGGGACAGGAUGGUCAAGAUGGAGAGCAUCUUUCCUGUAGAGCUGCAGGAAGACGAAGAUUCCAUGGCUGAUACGGGUGAAGCUUUAACCGAAGAGGAGGCGGAGCAGCCUGGAUGGCGUAACGAGGAAGACGGCGGGUAUCGUCGAGGUCGUCACAGGUGGCAGUAUCCCGACAGGUAUCAAGAUGUCAAGCGUCGACGUGGUAAUGGUGCUCCAGCCAAUCCCCAAAUGGGUCGCCCCCAGAAUAACCCCUUCUGCAGCAGCGGGGGAUCAGGACGCAUCCCAAACACAUUCUCUGCACCUCAGACCGCUCGUGUCCCAAACGGGCCGUUUCUACCAGGGACUGGACGCUUCCUGCCGCCGUUAGAGAGGAAAUUACAGUUUCCUUUUAAGGGAAAUUCUCAGCAGCGUGGCUUCCACUGGGUUCCUUCAGCCAACCAGAGAGAACCCGACACACAACAGGAAGGAAAGGAUUCUGUUUCCUCUUCGUCCCCUGUGCACACUUUCCAGUCCCCGCCUUCUCCGAACAAGGGCCAGUGGCAGAGGCGUAACCACGGAAACAGGGGACGCGGUAACCGGAACCGGUCUCGCAACAGGGGAAGAAACCCAUUUGACGGAUUUGUUCAGAAUCAACACGAGAACGACGGCGAGCAAAAAGACGAUGCGGGGCCAUACCCGAGGGCGAAGUACACUUGGUAUAACCCAAACUCGGGCCCGGUUCAGGACGGAGCCCAACAGAAUCACGAGCAGAGCAAGCAAGGGUUCCAGAAACACCAGAACCAGUACUACUACGUUCCUCCUCGGCUUCAAUCCUCACCACCAGGGAAGAUCCAGAACUGGGCUGGAGAGAGUUCCAGUCCUGUGAAUGCCCCACCCAUUCGUCAUGACAUCACCAGCCCUAUGGAGACCUGAUUGAUUUAUGAGUGAGACAGGAAGUGAUGAAGGAAUCGGUAAUGUUGAAAUGAGAGCAGACGAUGGAGGAUGAAGAAAGUGUUUGGUUGGAGGUUUAUUAGUUUUGCUUUGUGAUCGUUUUUGCAGUGGAGACUUUUUUUUCCCUCCAAAAGAAAAAAAAAAAAAAAAAAAACGAAUGCUGGAAGCGAUUAUUAUUUUUUAUUAAUAAUUAAUUUUAAUAUUUACUCUCGGGGAGAACACACUACACACACUUCUCAUCGCACACCAGCUGGAAACGGUUUGCGUAUCAGUGCAAUGACGUUACGGUUUUUACACGCAAACUGCCAACGUUCUUUUUUUCCCCUCAACACUUGAGAAUCACGUUAAAGGCUUCAUGAUGCCUACAAUCCUUCACCUUUUUAUAAGCACCAUCUUUAUGAUCUGUGUAUCGAUCGUAUGUAUAUAUAAAUAUAUAUUAUAAACGAGUGUGUGUGGGUGAGCGAUAUGACGUGGGGGAGGAGCUCGCCUCGCUAUGUGCAGUGCGGUGCGGUUGUUUUUACAAAAAAAAGUUAGGGAUUUUGUAUAUUUGGGAAACGGCUGCUGCAUAUCCUAAACAAAUCAAAAUCUACCUUGUGUGACGGAGUGAGUUUUGUGCAAAAAUCACGCAUCAAAAUAUUUACUAUUCUGGAAUUUGCUUCAUUUUCCAACUAAAUUAGUUUCAGGAUGAGGGUGUGGCCACCUUGACUGUCAUUAUUCAUUAGCUCUUUUCCACUAUCUGUGUAUAUAGAACACUAUUUCUCUCUCAAUAAAAGAACACUGUGUAAUAGAGGUGCAGCGGAUCGCAGUUGAUCCGCACGGCCCACGGUUCGGCGCAUGUGACCCAUGGAUUAAUCUUAACUUUUUAACGAGCUCAGUGAGUUUUUCCUGCCUGUAUAUUUUUUUGUUAUUUCCGUAACUACACUGAGCAGUCGUUUACACGUGAACAGAACGUGUUAAUCGGUCAAGAACACGGCUAGUGGAGGAGUGAAAGCCUGUGAAAGCCUCCUGCAUCUUUGAAAUGGAAGCAUUUUCUCGCUGUAACGUUUUUUUUUUUUUUUAAAUGUAAAGCAAAUGAGAUUAGUCUCCUCCCCUUUUCUGUGCUGAUCCAAAACACAAUCCGAUCAGUGACUCAAAAACUGUAAUGUGAUCCGAGCUGUGGGUUUUGUGAUCUGUUGCACCAGUUGUGUUUGGGAUGUAGCCCGAGUGAUUAUGUAAUCCAUCUCCACUUCCUGUUUGUUCAGUGGGUGUGGCUUAAUCCCUGGUUAAAUCUGCCUAAAUAAUGGUGUAUGUGCCUUUAGCCCCUCCCACUCAUUAUUUUUGCCAUGAAAUUCACGCGGUCUUGUGCCUGCUGAGGAAACUUACCAAAGAGGUCAAAAGGUCAUCUGUUCUAGGUGGUGUUGUCUCCACGGUGAUGUGGAUGCUACACACUCCUUUUUCCCUUCCUGAGCUCUUUAACUAUAUUUUCUGGUUUUCUUCUUCUCCGUGCAGUUCUUUAUAGCAUGAAUGUUCUCCUUUUCUUCCCGUUUGAUUUCUAACAAACCCUUUUAUCUUUAUUUAACUCUUUAUUAUAGAGAAGUUUUAAACCUGUGGCUUUCCCGCCACAUGCAGGAUGAUCUCGUGAUGAUAUGCAACGUAAAAACGUUUGACAAUUAAAGGACUCGUAUGUUACCCGA